AUGAGUGGCAGAGGCAAAACCGGCGGUAAAGCCCGAGCAAAGGCCAAGACUCGCUCCUCCAGGGCGGGACUGCAGUUCCCCGUCGGCCGUGUCCAUAGGCUCCUCCGCAAGGGUAACUACGGCGAGCGCGUCGGUGCCGGAGCUCCUGUUUAUCUGGCGGCGGUACUCGAGUACCUCACCGCUGAGAUCCUGGAGCUGGCCGGAAACGCCGCUCGGGACAACAAGAAGACCCGCAUCAUCCCCCGUCACCUGCAGCUGGCGGUGCGUAAUGACGAGGAGCUCAACAAACUUCUGGGCGGAGUGACCAUCGCUCAGGGUGGCGUGCUGCCCAACAUCCAGGCCGUGCUGUUGCCCAAGAAGACCGAGAAACCCGCCAAAUCUAAGUAA